AUGAGGUCUAAGUGGAGGACUUUCAGAACAAGGUUUAAAGAGCUGCAAGUGCUGCGGGAAGAGGCAGCUCUCUCCGGCUCUCCUCAACUCCGGCUCUCCUCAACUCCGGCUCUCCUCAACUCCGGCUCUCCUCAACUCCGGCUCUCCUCAGCUCCGGCUCUCCUCAACUCCGGCUCUCCUCAACUCCGGCUCUCCGGUCCGGCUUUCCGAGAUGAUUCAAAGAUGCAGAUCGUCCUGGACUCUUGCCAACCACGACAUCCUCCCUCCCUCCCCUCCUUCUCUCCCCUUCUCCCCUCAGGCCACGACUCCAGUGAGUAA